AUGUCACUCAAGCAGUGUUUGAGAGCGGUUUGCGGCAUCAGGCUGCUCACCUGUGUCAGCUUUGCUGGCGAUCCUCUAUAUCAAUUGGCUUGGGUUAAGCCCUUCAACCUCGACAUUCCAGUCACUCCUGCCGCCGUCAUCCGCCCCAACACUGCGGAGGAGGUAGCAGGUGCUGUCAAAUGUGCGAAGCAAUAUAAUGUCGCCAUCCAGGCCAAGUCCGGUGGCCAUUCUUAUGGAAACUUUGGACUGGGGGGUGAAGAUGGAGCCAUUGCAGUCGACCUGGUCAACCUAAACAGUUUCAACAUGGACGAGAGCACCUGGAUGGCAACCUACGGUUCAGGGCUCCGUCACCGAGACCUGGACGCACACCUCCAUAACAACGGCGCGCGGGCAAUUGCCCACGGUACCUGCCCCAGCGUUGGGGUCGGCGGCCACGCGACAAUUGGCGGACUGGGACCCAUGUCAAGGAUGUGGGGAAGCUCGCUGGAUCAUGUCGAAGAAGUAGAAGUCGUCACUGCCGACGGAGAGAUCAGACGGGCCAGCUACACAGAGAAUGCAGAUCUCUUCUUUGGAAUCAAGGGUGCCGGUGCCAGCUUCGGCAUCGUGACCCAGUUCAAGGUGCACACCCAUCCAGAGCCUGGCAACGUGGUUGAAUAUACAUACAGCCUCAGCUUCGGCUCUCAGAAAGAGAUGGCAAGCGUGUUCAAGAAAUGGCAGGCACUUGCCGGAGAUCCCGAACUGGACCGGCGAUUCUCGACUCUCUUCUUCGCCCAACCUCUCGGCGCCCUCAUCACAGGCACGUUUUACGGAACAGAAGAGGAGUACAAGGCCACGGGAAUCCAGGACAAGAUCCCUAGUGGCGGUGAUGUCGACUUCAAACUCGUGUCGUGGCUGGGAUCUAUCGCACACCAGGCCGAGGUAGCAGGCUUGGGCCUGGCUGAACUGCCCAACCCCUUCACAAGCCGAUCUCUAGCGUUCCGCGAGGAGGACCUCCUCUCUGAUGCCGCAGUUGACGAUUUGUUCACUUACCUCGACGAAGCCGACAAGGGAACCAUCAUCUGGACGCUCAUCUUCAACUCGGAAGGUGGUGCCAUGGCCGAUUUUACCGAGGGCAACUCAUACCCGCACCGCGACAAGGUCAUGAUGUACCAGUCCUAUGUGAUCGGUAUCCCUGAGGUUUCAGACACGUCCAAGGCGUUUGUGGAGGAGGUCCAGAGACGUGUGCGUGCUGGGGCACCCAAUGCCAACACAACCUACGCAGGGUACAUUGAUCCGACGCUGGAUAGACAGGCUGCGAACCAGUUCUACUGGGGAGACAAGCUGCCUCAGCUCAGGGAGGCGAAGAAGAAAUGGGAUCCCAAUAAUAUUUUCCGCAACCCUCAGAGUGUCGAGCCGGCAAGUUAG